AUGCUAGCCUUGAAACACCUAAAACGGGUGUGCGUCCAUAUACAACAGCCACAGCGCAGACUAUCGGGAGUUUCCAUAACUCCCGAACCUACUCCUUCCAUUUACCCUCAUUCUCACAUUAAACCACCUCCAAACUUUGAUGCUACCAAGUUUAGACAAUGGAUUGAGCUCUCACCGAAGAACGGUAAUCCGUCUAUCUCCAUCAUGACUUUUAACUUGUUGUCGCAGCACUAUGUGUGGAAGAAAGUUUUUGGUGAUUUGGAUCAAAACUAUCUCGACUGGACCCAUUAUCGGUUCCCACUUAUAAACCAGACCAUCUCUCAGUUCCAAUGCGACAUCAUGUGCUUUCAAGAGCUUGAAUGCCUGGUGUAUGAAAACCUGUGGAAGUCAAACUUCCCGUUGAAAAAUUAUCUGCUGGUGUAUAUGCGGAAACCGAAUCCGAAAUACUGGGGAACAAAACCUUCGGAGUUUAUGGAUGGUGUAGGAGUGUUUGUCAACUCUGAGCGGUUCGAUGUCGUGGACUAUUAUCCUAUAAAUUAUGGAAACUACGUUUCCGAGCAUCCCGACCGGUUUGACUUAACUGAUGAUGUUGUAUCUAGAGUGAUCCCUAGAAACACGGUGGCAUUGAUUCUCAAAUUGUGGGAUAAGCAGGCCGAAAAAACGGUCUAUGUGACCAAUACGCAUCUAUACUGGCUGCCCAAGUUCAAUGACGUUAAGUUAAUCCAAACCAAAAUCCUUCUCAACGAGUUGGCUAGACUUAUAGGCGAAGAAGAGAAUCCAUGUAUUAUCAUGUGUGGAGACUACAAUUCCACGCCAAAUCUGUUGGUAUUCAAAUUGUUGAAGGAUGGGAAAGUUAAGGUCGAUACAGCAGAAGAGUUUGCUGACUUUGAUUAUGGCCAUAAGAUCGACGGCGAACCGCUCGAUAAUGAGUUUGUGAAAAGUCCGUUUGAUCUCACUCCAGCAUAUGGCCCGCUUUUGAAAGACGGGCUGCCGCAUAAGUUGGAUUUUACUAGCUACUCAAAGAACCUAACAGAGGUGUUGGAUCACAUUUGGUUUUCAUCUGCCACUUUCGAGGCAAAUCGAGUGCUUGGAAAAGUUGAGGGAGAUUAUAGUGCGCAGGCGUCCGGAUUCCCUGACAGACAAUUUCCAUCCGAUCACAUUCCAUUGGUUUCCGAAAUCUCCUACAUUUGA